AAAGGCGAAAAACACGCUGGCGUACCGUAUAUGUAUAUCUACGCACUAGGGCAAAAUUAACAAGGUCGUUAAGCAGCUAACUUUAUUUAAGGGAUGUGACCUCUGAAACCUGUGAGAAACCACCUGUUUUGGGCCGACUCCUGAGUCAAUCCCUUAUUCCUUCCUCCCACUAUCCACGAAAUCCUCCAGAAGCUGCCUUCUUCUUAGGGUUUGGGCUACUUAUACCCUCUACUCACACUCGUAGAUAGCACUCAACUGAACAAAAUUCUCCCUUCACCUGUCAGAUCAUGGAAAGCUGGGAUAUUUCUCAGAAUUCCCAAAUCAAUGUCCAAUCCCCUUACCAGAGCUUGGAGCCACUGACCUGGAAUAAUUCCAUGGCCAUUAGCUCAGAGAGCUUACUGAUAAAUGAGCCUUUCUCUGAUUAUUCCGAGUUUUCCGACAAGGAACAGUGGACUCAGUUCCUUGCAGAUGAAAAUGAAGAUGAGUACUGUGCUGCAAAGGAAGAUAAUCGAGAGGAAAAAAAAGAAGCUGUUCAGGUCCACAGUCCCAUGGCCGCUAGCAGCCACUCUGGUUUUGACGAGCAGCAAUCGGAAGUUCUUUGUGCAGAAGACGAGCUGCCCGAGUUGUCCGAUGACAGUGGCAGCAGAAAAUCUUCCGAGGGAGAGAUUGUUGAUAGUAAGAGCAAGAAGAGGAAGAGGAGCGGGGAGAGAGGGCCUAAAUAUGCCUUCAAGACCAGAUCUGAGACCGAUGUGUUGGAGGACGGUUUCAAAUGGCGUAAAUAUGGCAAGAAAACAAUUAAGAGCAGCCCUCACCCUAGAAGCUACUACCGGUGCUCGGACAGCAACUGCGGAGUGAAGAAGAGGGUAGAAAGAGAUCCCACAGAUCACGGAGUGCUGAUAACAACCUACGAAGGGAAGCACAAUCACGAAAGCCCAUCGGUGAUCUAUUAUGUCGGAAAGCCCAUCAUUCUGCAGCACCCUGGUUCGAAACCCGCCAUAGUUCUUGUCAAUGCGGGCUUGUACUCUUAAGAUGCUAAGCUACUUACCAUGUUGAUAAAACACAGAAAUUGGACCGGGCUACGAGGAUUUUUGCGAUUUGAGGUAUGAUCACUUUGUGUGCUUUUGCUUCCUUACUGAGAAGCUUUGAAAUAUAUAAGUAUGGGCGCAGCUAAAUCGUCCAGGUGUACUGUGUUCCUUUGCAUAUGAAUAACGACUGCAAAGCAUUGGCGAGCAGUGGCGGACAAUGCUUUUCUCAA